UUUAUUUUUUCGGGGCUCCCCUUUGACAGGUUAGCCCAUCUCUUUGCAUAUACAACAAGCCGUCUAACAGCCACAAAUCACUAUCACCACCCGACAACAACAGACAAGAUGAAGUACAACGCCAGCCUCCUGGCCCUGGCCGUCGCCACGGUCGCCUCCGCUCGCGAGCUUUCCUAUCAGAGCUUUACCAAGCGCGACGUACCCCAAGAGCACUCGUACGAUGCCAUCCUGCGCGGCACCAACGCCGCCCUCAAGCUGAACAACCCGCUCAACAUCCAGGACGCUGUUUUCGGCCUGCUCGACAACGCCGCCGCCGCCAAGGGUGCCGGCCAGGUCACCAACCUGGACUGCCUGCAGCAGAUCGUGGCCGACCAGGCCUUUACCAAUGCUAAGGCCGCCGGUGACCUCGACGGCCAGGUCAAUGCUGUGCUGUUCCGCGCCCUCGAGCGCGAGACGAGCCAAGUCGGCCUUGCUAGCGCCAUUUGCGACGAGACGGCGAAGAACCCGGAGAUUGCGGUCGUUCAUCAGCAUCAGGAUCCGGCCAGUGCGGAGGGCCAAGCGAAGAACAAGGACAUUGAGUUGGUGGUUGCCAAGGUUCUGAAGGGAUUGGGCGCGGAUCCGUUGUUGGCGCUUGACAGUGCUACUUCCCUUCCUGGAAAUCUUCUUGAUGCUACUGCUUCGAACCUUCUGUCUCCUGCUAUUACCAAGGAGGAAAUCCUGGCUGCCUUUGAUGUAGAUGAGGAUGGCCUUCUUCGCCGAGCUGAAGAUGAUACCUGCGAGGAUGACGGUACUGCCGACGACACCGGCAGUGAUGCUGGGGAUGACGACACUUGCGAGGACGAUGGUACUCCUGAUAACACCGGCGACGAUGCUGGGGAUGACGACACCUGCGAGGACGAUGGUACUCCCGAUGACGCCGGCGAUGAUGCCGGCGACGACGAUACCUGCGAGGACGACGGUACCGACGAUGAUAACACUGGCGCCCCCGUAAGUCCUAAAGCUACGACCGGCAACGCUACCGGCAAUAACAACACUGGCGGCGCCGUAAGUCCUACCGCUGCGACCGGCAAUGGUACCGGUAAUACCAACACUAGCGGUGCCGUGAAUCCUACCGCUACGACCGGUAACGAUACCGGCGAUGACGACACCUGCGAGGACGACGGUACUCCCGAUGAUGCUGGCGACGAUGCCGGCGAUGACGACACCUGCGAGGACGAUGGUGCUGCCGAUGAUGCCGGUGAUGAUGCCGGCGAUGACGACACCUGCGAGGACGAUGGUGCUGCCGAUGAUGCCGGCGAUGACGCCGGUGAUGAGGAUACCUGCGAGGACGACGGUACCGAUGAUGAUAACACUGGCGGCAACAACAAGACUGGAGGCAACACCAAGACUCAAGCCACCAACACCGGCAGCGAUAACAACAGCACCGACGGAGCCACCAACGUCCAAUCCUUCAAGGGCACCCUCGGCGGCGCCGCGCCCGCCGUGCUUUACACCCCCGGCUCCGACCGUCCCUACUCCGUCAACGGCGACAGCUUCCCCCAAGCCUCCGUCGCACUCGCCCGCUCGUGCGACAUCCAGAACAACGCCUGCUUCAACGCCGCCAACACCGGUAAGGUCACCGGCGGUAUUGCCCAGUGCGUGCAGCAGAAUAGCGAGUGCAAGGCCGCCGCCACCAAGACUACUGUCCGCCGCGAGGCCAGCAAGCUCGGCCGCAGGCAUGGUGGAUUGGACUUUGGCAGCUGUGGCACCCCCCAGAUCCAGUUCGCCAAGGGCCUGGAUGGUCGCGAGGAGGAGAGCUUCCAGCCUGUUAACGGACAGGAUUUCAACCACGAGAGUGCCUUGAACAUCCAGGUCAUUAGCGAGUUUGUUUGCCAGAAGCUGCAGGAUGAUUGCAAUGCGAGCGCCGAGGCGGUGGCUGCUUGCAAGCAGGCGAGCAGCGCUGCCAGCACUGCUGAGGGCCAGCAGGCUGCGUUCCUGUUCAAUGCCGCUCUUGGUAUCUAAAGUAUCUGGAUAGCUUUCUUCUGAAAAAUAUCAAGGAGGGGAAGGAGGGGAUUUGUUGAGAUGUGUUUGUUCGUAGGCAGUUCUUCUAUUCUUGUAUGCACUUUUUAAAUUAAACUUAAGUUGGGCGGUAAACUGAAAGGCUUAAUCAUGG